AUGAAUUCACUUAAUCUUUCAGUUUUCAGCUCAUUUUCAAUUUCAUUUUUUUGGAAAAGCUUUCAUAAUAUCUUAGGAGAUGUUCAGGUUUGGCGACAUGGAGAUCGUGCACCGGUUGUUUUAUAUCCAACGGAUAUCCAUGGAGAAGAAGUCUGGCCAUACGGUUUUGGAGAGCUUACUGAACUUGGUAUGAAGCAGCAGUUUGCGCUUGGUCGCAUGAUUCGCCACCGUUAUAUUGAAAGAAAGUAUCAUUUUUUGUCUCAUCAAUAUAACCCCAAAGAGAUAUAUAUCAGAAGUACAGACGUGAAUCGAACUUUAGUAAGUGCCAUGGCAAAUCUAGCUGGAAUGUAUCCAAAUGGAAUACCAGGUAGAGAUUAUCCACGGAGCAAAGAAUGGCCCUCUAAUUGGACACCGGUUCCAAUACAUACAGUCGACAACCAUGAUGAUUUUUUAAGUUUUAUUUUACUGAUCAAAAUGAGUACUGUUGGUAAUGUGUUUGCGCAGUGUCCACGUGUUAAUCAAUUAAUGGAAAUCAUCCGUCGUAGUCGAUCAUACCAAAACGUAUUGAAGGAAAAUGAAGCAUUUUUUGAAUAUGUAAGUAAGAAAACUGGCAUGAGAGUAGAUUUGGAAAAUAUUCAUCUUAUUAAUGAUGUCCAUUACGUUGAGACAGUGCAUAAUUUGUCACAACCAGCUUGGAUUACUGAAAGUGUAUCACAAAAGUUGCUGAAUUUGUCACUGAUUGCUGAUAAAUACAUUUAUGGUAUAUCAGAACCAUAUUUGCCUGAACUAAUUACACUUAGAGGAGGUAGUUUAUUGAAACUAUUGCUCGAAAACAUACAACAGAAAAAGGAAUGCCUAGUGAACUCGCACACUUCUGAUUGCUUGUGGAUCAGGGGAAGAAAAUAUUUCGCACUAUCAGCUCACGAUACAACAGUUGCUGCUUUAUUAGCCACUUUCGGUGAUGAAGAGAAAGUGCUCAGGAAAGGUUUUCCAAAGUAUACUGCCUCAAUAGCUAUUGAGUUAUGGAAUACAACAAAAUUUGGACUGGCUGUUAAGGUACUUUAUCACAAAGCAUUCCAUCACCCAUAUCAGGUAAUAACUCACUUUACUCAAGGAUGUCCAUCAAGCAUCUAUUAUUGUCCAUUAGAUAUGUUUCUAAAACGUUCAGAAGUUUUCUUACCCACCGAUAUCAAGCAGGAAUGUUUACCAAAGCUAUCACCUGAUGGAUUAUCUUAA